AUGGAGAUCAACGUAUCUUUUCUCGUGGUUCCACGUGGUUACACGGUGCAACAUGUGCAGCAGCGCAGCACUUAUGUUUCAAAGAUCUUCUGGCUCUGUGAGUGGUCUUGUGGUCUUUGUGGAGCUCUUAGAGUGGUCUUGGACAACUCCCAGGAUGUCAUCAUGGCUGCCGCCCCUUCGUUGGUUUUCGCCUUGAUCAGCAUGGCCUGGUCGUGCCUGGGAGAGGCUGCGGGCCUACCUUUUUGGAUGUCCAGUAAAGAGAUGACACUAAAAGCAAGAGCAUCAUGUUUUACCGAUCUUUGCCUGGUUGAAAAGUGCGGUGUUCCCGAGAAGUGUUGCGGGAGCUUGUACCCUGGAUCUUCUCAAGGCUUACUAGACAUGCCAGACACGGGCAUUGGCAAUUGGUCCUUUGUGUAUGCUCCUCGAGCUUUCGCGCGUAGCCCAGAAUUGAAACUCUGGCAGGUCACCUUGGAGGCAACAGCUUGCAGCUUCGAUUCCGAUACUUGUGUCUGGUUCAACACAGGCAAUGCCAGCUGGCAGCGUGCCAGUGGCCAGGCCUCCGGCGGGUGGUUGGAGGCUGACGGCAAUAAUGCCUCCGACGGCCAAGUGUUCAUCAUCGAGAGCCCUAUGUUGAAUGUCACCACAGAGAAGGCGGUGGUCUUUUCCUACAUGAUGACUGGGUCGAGCUCAGUGUCCUUGGAGGUGGAGCACAAGACAGAGUUCGCUGUCUGGUCGACCUUGUUCGUGGAGAGCGGAGACACUGGCAACACUUGGAAGGCUGCCUCCAUCCGAGUCCCCGAAGGCACCGUUGGCCUUCGGCUCCUGGCCGGUGCUGGUGCUGGGGCUGUGGUCAAAGUGGAUGAGAUUUUGGCUGCGGAAAGCGCGAAUUUUGCAAACAUUGGUUGCAACUUCGAGGUUGACUUCUGUGGGUGGUCGUCCGGUUUCGAGAACCAGUGGCGCACCCAGCGGGGCGCAACCCCAUCAGGUUCAACUGGGCCAGCAGGGGCUUUCGAGGGAGACUGGUAUGUUUACACGGAAGCUACUCCGGCACGGAACAAGGCCUUUUUCCUGACAUCUCCGAUGUUUGAGCGCAGCAACGUGACGAGGCAUCUUCUCUUUGCCAACAACAUGAACGGCGAAGCCAUGGGAAGCUUGAGGUUGGAGUCGUUGGGCAGCAGCCGCUGGACAACGUUUUGGCUGCAAGCAGGUGAUCGAGGGCCGCUCUGGGAGAGCUACAAGGUUGUCAUUCCGCAGGAUGCAAAGAUGCUGCGGUUUGUGGGCAUCACGGGCAGUAGUUGGACUAGCGACAUUGCUCUGGACGCCAUCGGUGUUGGUGUCGGCGUACCUGUUCUGGACCUAGAAUACAUCGCUUGCGCAUUUACAUUCCACACAUGCAAAUGGGUCAGCACGGGCAAUGUCAGUUGGCAGGCCUCCGGCGGGUGGUUGGAGGCUGACGGCAAUAAUGCCUCCGACGGCCAAGUGUUCAUCAUCGAGAGCCCUAUGUUGAAUGUCACCACAGAGAAGGUGGUGGUCUUUUCCUACAUGAUGACUGGGUCGAGCUCAGUGUCCUUGGAGGUGGAGCACAAGACAGAGUUCGCUGUCUGGUCGACCUUGUUCGUGGAGAGCGGAGACACUGGCAACACUUGGAAGGCUGCCUCCAUCCGAGUCCCCGAAGGCACCGUUGGCCUUCGGCUCCUGGCCAACCUUUCUGCGUGGGAAAAAGCGAAAGUUGGUGUGGUCUCUGUUGCAGAUGUUGUGUCCAGCUUCGCAAAUCUGACUUGCAGCUUCGAAGUCGAUCAUUGCGGGUGGUCAUCAGUCUUUGGUGUCUGGCAGCGGUUCGGUGGGCCACAACCGGCUUCCGCGAGCCCCGACGCAGCCUUCCGCAGCGACUUUUACAUGGCCACCUCAAUUGCCGAUGGCGGUCGGACUCUACAGGCAGGGAUGAACGGCGAUGUGACUCUAGAGGACGUCCUUAUGAGUCCCGUGUUCCCUGCGGCCGCCAGCAAGUUCUACUUGGAGUUUGCUUAUCACAUGGCGGGCUCAGGGAUAUUUAGCAUGGAGUUGCAGUGCUUCCGUCGAGGCCGUUGGUCACGGCGCUGGUCACGCAGUGGUUCUCAAGGCGCUGCCUGGCUGCAAGCCAAGGUCAGCCUGCCCGCGGGCACGGAGAUGCUGCGGUUCGUGAGCACCUCACAGCAAUGGGAUAUUGGAGUGCAUGCCUUGGACUCGGUGGUCGCCUGGGUGCCCGCAGGUUCAGGCGCCUAA